AUGACGAAAUAUAACAACGAAAAAUCUCCAAUAUCGUUUCAAAUAAAACAAAUAUUCAUUCCAUUUACACCUAAUGCUACAAAGCAAUUGGAUCAAAUUGGAUCGUCUUCCGUAGUUAAACUAAAUGAUUCAACUUCUCCAUUACUCAACGGCAAUUCUGAUUAUCACCAUUCAUUAGUAUUCAGUGAUUCCGAUGGUGGUUCUGAUAAUCAGUCAAUGGUGUCAACAACAAGAGACAAUGAUUGUGUCAAACGUUCAAGUUCUCAAACGCGUAAACGAAAAUCACGCAAACAUCACUCACCAAAACCAUUACUAAAUAGUUCAACGUUAGAUGAUUUAUUUCGGGCAUUGACCAUCGAAUGUGAGCAAAGUUUAAGUAAAUAUUCAACAACAUCUUCAUUUAAUAACAAAUUGUAUGAUGAAGUAGUGAAUCCUACAUUACCAACAAAUACUGUAAGUUAUGAUGAAAAUUACGUUAGGGUCGCUAAUCUGUCAUCAGUGACGAGUAAUAAACCAUUGGAAAUAAAAACAAAAGUGAGUCCACAGCGUGUGCUUUCCAUAUCGGUAUCAUCGUCACAUACUCGACCUCAAUGCGAAUUCGUUGCACCUCCUUCUCGACCUCAAUGCGAAUUCGUUGCACCUCCUUCUCGACCAAAUAGUGAAUUAAGUACCGUUCAACCAUUGAAAAAAUCGUCACUUAUUCAACCGACAGAUGCAUUAAAGAAAAAAGACGAAACGCUUGCCAUAUCAAAAACGUAUCCAAUAUUAAGUAUAACAAAUUUUGUGAAAAUGUCUAAUAAUACUGAAUUACCAGUAUCAACGUCUCAUCAGAAGCCCAAAACAGAUCCAACAGCAUUUUCAAAUAUUUUAUGUACAAACAGUCCAUCCAGUGAAGAUGAUAUAUCAACAUCAACAAACAAUACAAAUAAAGCACGUCAGAGACGAAUACCUCGUUCUCGAAAACAGCGUCGUGUCGUUCAUUCAAAUGAAAAUUCUUUGAUAUCAAACAAUGGUAGUUUAAAUACAUCAAGUGAUUCAGAGAACGAAAAAUCAAUUCCCCAUCAUCAUCAACCACCCUCUCGCCGAUCAUCAAGCACAAAUAAUUAUAAUUCUAGGCUCAAGAGUCGUUCACAACUUCUACCGCAAUCGUUUUCUAAUCGUCGGUUGAGUAUAUACGAUAAUAAUCAAUUAUACCACAAUACACCCGUUCAACGAACUCCUCCGUUACCGAGAAGAAAACGCGAUGCAUCAUUACAAUUACAAUACACGACCACUUCGUCUCGUUCUCCAUAUGCUUAUAAUGAUACAUCAUUACGAGAACACGUGUGUGUACCACUGAGUUUUUUAUUGACAUCACAUAUCGAACAAUCAUCUUCUGCUCACAUCAACAAUAAUAAACAUGAUUUUGUGGAUAAAUCUCGGCGUUCAAGAAGAGAUCAUAGUAGUAAGAAGUUCGAAAAUAGUCUGUCAACAGUUAGCAUAUUAGAUAGAAUGCAUAAAAAUUGUUAUGGACAACAUCCCGAACAAUCACCACACUGUUCGAGAAAACAUCAAAAAUCAAAAUUUCCUUUAUAUGUUGGUAACUAG